AUGUUCUUCAUAAAUAAGUGAGGAACCAUGGAUAAAUCAAGUUUAUGCUUUAGUGUAAAACUGCUUUUUAUCUUGAGACAAAAGCUUGGACUACAAUAUCAGGCAUCCAAAUAUAGUUAUUUGAUUUUCAGACUAUUUUUUUUACAAUGCUAUAUGUUUGAUUAUCAGAUUAAAUAUUCCCUGGACAGUUUUCUUGCACCAGGGCCAACUGCCAUGUAAUUUUGCCAGAUGUGUUUUAUUAAACCAUAAAUUUGGGUCAACACCUGAAAACUGCCAUUACAUACUGGCAUUACUAGCCAUUACUACAGAUAACCCCUGGACUAUGCCCAGGAUUUGUCCAGGGCAUUGUUUGCAAGUCCUGCUCCAGUCAGGGCUGAGAACAGUUGUUUCUGGACUCUUUCCAGUGCUGGGGAGUCGUCCAACCACCAGCACUGGCAGGAGCUAUUCCCCACACUGUCUAACUUCUACUCUAGAUAGGUACAAACAGCUCUUGGUACAACUACUGCUUUUGAAAAAAUUAAUGAUUGCCACUGGGUCAAAGACUCAUCUGGGAAGAUUUUUCCUUCAGAUUAGAAGAACAGGGCCAAUUUCUUAAGGAGAAUGAGCUGAACAUAUGUACAAACAGCAUUUGCACAUAAUUCUCCCAAUACGCAACAAUAGCCAGAAUUGAAAUGCCAACAGUUACAAGCUAAAACAGUAAUGACAUUAUGCUAGGCCACACUGAUUUAUACAACUUUUGAUGAUAUCAUUCCUGUUGGGCAAAAAUGCCAGGGAGAAGCAUAGUUUGAUUGUAAUCCACCGUAGCAUAACCAUGAUGUGGGAAACAUUAAUGGCUCGCUGUAGGGAAUCGAAUAGGAAGGUAUAAUAAAGACAGUAUCUCUUAGGAGAUCACAUUACAGUCUGGUUAGUAGAUACAAAAGAAACUCCUUAUUUCCUGUUUUCUUUUGAUAAGGAAUAAUAUACUUUCACUUAUUCAGGGAAGGAGCUCAGGAAAAGCUGGCAGGUCAUUUAAAACUACAUUCUCUAUGCAGAGCAGUGAGCUGCUGUAACACUUAGGGAAACAAGCAGACAUAUUAGGAGACCAGCUUCCCAAAUCAAAAGGGUGCAAGGAGGAAAGGAACGGAUAACAGUAGGUGUCCAAAGAAGGGAUUAAAUGUGGAAACUCAAAUCUAUACAGUUCUCACAAGAAUCCAACUUAAGGGUGAUUAGACCUGGCCAAUCCAUUCUGAAUCAUCUUCAAAAGGUUGUGGAGACCAAAGAGGUCUUUGCUGACUGGAGAAAGGCUCCCUCUUCAGAAGAAGUUCUUAAGAUUAUCCCAGGGAACUGCAGGCCUGACAGAUUGGAAUGCCAUGAUGGGAGUCCUAUUGGAGCACAUUUCUGGGCACGAUAAGGGGGUUACUGGGAGCAGUCAGUAUAGUUUUUAAAAGAGUAAAUACCCAUGACAAUUGGGGUACCAGAAGGUUCUAUCCUUAAGUCUAUCCUGUUUGACAUCUUUGUUAAUGAGAUCAUGUUUGUAGAUAUCACCAGAUUGGGUGAUCAAUUAAUUUGCUCAAAACAGAGGCCACAUAGGCUGAAGAAAAGGUGAAAAACUAACACAAAACACAACCUAAAUUCAUCCAUUAAUGACUUUUAAUUUAGGUUGUCCAAAAAAGGAAAAUUAGUAUGUGUGUGUGUGUUGGUUUUUUUUAACUAAUAUUAUCUUUUUCUAAAUAAGUGUUGUGAAAAUUUCCUGUGCUUUUCUUAAAACUCUAUGAAUUACACUAGUUACCGUUAGUCUGUUACAAAAGAGUUUCAUACAGCAUUGGGCAACUUGUUGCAUUAUCCAUCUAUGAUCUAAUCCUUUUUUAAUGAAAGGCUGGUGACAUUUCUGAAACUUUUAUCAGCCUAGUGUUUGUUUGUUUGUUUGUUUGUUUGUUUGUUUGUUUUCUCAGCAAAUGCUAAUGCUAAACCAAGAUAUUAUUGUAAUUGAUCUUCCUGAGCUGUAGAGUGAAUUUCUCUCUCUUUUAUUUAUGAUAAGCUACUCACGAAUUGGCUACGAAUAGCUACAGCAACAUAUGGAACACCACCUGGAAGAGUCCAGAAGACCACCCAUGGACCAAGAGUAUUGGUUCUGGAAGGGAUUGUCCUGGGGGAGCCAGAGAGGUCUUGGUCCAUGCCUCAGUGCUCCUGAGUCUCAGCUGCACUGACAAUAGCACAUUGCACAAUACCAAAACCAUUUCUGGUUUAUUAUAAACGCCAAGAUAAGCAGUAUGUCAGUUCAGACACAAUUGAUCUGAUGGUUCCCAGGAGAAGGUGGAGCACGUUGAAGGGAGACAUAAAAGAGAUCAGAUGUCCUUAAAGGAAACUGGUUAUCAGUGGAGUCAGAGUCAUGGUCUUGGCCACACAGAUAAACCAGGAAACUGUGAGGGCCAUGUGUCCUCCUGGGAGGUACCCAGAACCUGAGGACAGCCAUGGAGCCAUCAGGCCAUGAUCUCUCUGGCCAGAACUAUCCCAGAGCAGCCAGUGAGCAAGCACAGACAGCCAUAUCCCACGGAGAGGGAAGAGUGGUGCACGCAGAGCCCCAGUGAAUUCAUCCAGACUAGAGCUUUGAAACACAUUAGUCAAGACUAAUAUAGCUACUCUUUGAAUAGUCUGAAAGUACUAAUCAGAUGAAACUGUUAGACAACCCUCAGGUUAUUCACAAUCUGACCAAACAUGCCACUACUAUAGGAUGCAAAUCCUUUUAACAAAAUUAAUUACCUUUCCAGAAAAGCUCACAAGUGAAAAGUUUUUAAAAUUAUCUCUGAAUUCUUAAUUAGUCAUUUAUCUAUUUCCUUCACCUGAAAUUACUUGUCUUGUUACUCUCUUAGGUUCUGUCCUUUAGACCUUCCUCUUCCUCAACCCUUUCCAGUGCUUGUUCUUCCUCUCCUUUUCCUAGGUGAAAGCCAUUUAUUGAGAGUAUGCUCCUCCCCAGAAUCUCUCACAGGGCUGGUUCUCAACCAGCAGAAAACAGUAAGCAAUAUUUGUCCUGAACAUAUCUUGGGAAGAAAGAAAUUGAACAGUUUUAGUUCCCACUGUCAAAAUAAACCCAGAACAGACAGGAUGAGAAGCAAGUCUAGAGAGGAUGAAAAAUUAUUAUUACAUAUUGCUUUUGGCUGUAGUAGCACAAACUAUUCAGGCUGUUCCCAGGUUAUGUUUCUUAAGAGAAGGAACUGAACAUAUAAGUCAAGUAUUACCUUUGACUGAGCUGAGAAAGUACCUGUCAUCCUAUAUCAUGUAAUUAUCAAAUAAGAGAAGACAAGAACAUUUAAGAUUUUUUUGUUUGUUAAAAAUGCUGAUAUAUCAGGUUAUUUUCAAAUUGGUAAGGAAGCUAUGCACCCUCUUUAGUUAGUUUUGAUAGAGCAUAUUUGGGUUAUGUACAUUAUCACCUGGAAUCACAUAGAUAUCAAAGUGACUAAUUAUAUAUAGGAUCCACCGUUUUCUCUCAGCUUGCUAGUGGAAAUACUUACAUUGGAGAUACACACUAUGAUAUUCUCUCAAAGGUUAUUGUUACAACAGAAAAGUGAUAUUUCCUUUCACAGUGAAGGUCUAAACAGCACAAGACAACUUUUCUCUCUUUUUCUUCCACUGCAUUCUAUUUUCAGAUUCAUUUUAAACUUCAUGAAUAUGGUUUUUUCUCAGGCUAGUAGUAUUUUACCUUAGUGUUUUGAAGGAUUCGUUUAGAGGAAUUUUGCUGAAAGCAGAUCUCUUUCCAUCUUUGCAAACUUUCUUAUCCAGAGCGACUAUCGCCUGUUGUGGUGGGCCCCAAAGUGGCUGCCAUAUCCUUAUUUCCUAUGUUGAAAAGAGGUAAGGGUGUUAACUAGGCUAAAUGAAAAGUUCAGAAGAGUGUGAAAAGACUCUGUGUGAGUUGCACUGCUAUCUUCUCAUCAGCUUUUCUCUUUCUCCCAGAUCCUCCUAUCAGGUAGGCAUACUGACAUCCAAUUUCCAUCACAAAUACCUGCGCCAAGGGUAUUUGAAUUGACCAAACCACUACAUCACAAGCUGUAAAGGACCUCUGAAGGUCAUCUGGUCCAACCCCAAGCUCAAACAGUUGGCUGAUAGUAUCCAAGUAUGUUUGACAAAUAGGCAAUUCCAGACUACAGUGACGCAUGCACUAGCUACAUACUUCUUAGGCUAUAUUAAAAAAAAAAAAAAUUGUUUUCUGAGCAGAAGACUUGGAACAUGCCAGUCCUUUUCCCAAGGUGCUGAAAAGAUGACAAGGACUGAGUCAACACUAGGAAUGUUGCUUGAGAGACCAGAAUAUUUUGCUGAAGAACGUAAACUCUUCUCUCAGUAUUCCUCACUUUAUCUUUACAUAGUUUUCUUUCAAUCAUAAGAUCAAGAUUUUAAAGUGGAAAAUACUAACGUACCCUUUUGAUAGGUAUCCUUGGCUGAUGUUGAGCAAGACAGAGCUGUAUGAAUUGAAAGAUAAAGACAUUCAGAAUUUGAAAUAUUUGUGAAGUAAUUUGCUAUUGGUGAAUCUCAUCAUAUACACAAGAAAAUAAUAGUAAAGUGAGAGAUUUUGGUUCAAGGAAAGCAGGGUUAGAAAUAAGUUUUCCUCUAUCAGACUAACUGUUAAGGACCCUACCCCACUCCUAAGAAGCUCAGGGAAUUCUCUUUCUGUUCUUGUGCCUGUAUUAGGGGUGAAAGCUAAAGAGUAAUUCAAAUCAUUCUGUCUGUGAAUACUUGAAAACAAGAAAUAAAAAGUCUUGCCUGAAGAACAGCAAGGUACUCUAUGUAUAUCACAUAUCAUGUAAAACAAACUAGGAAGUGGCUAAUACUCAGCGUGACCCAAAGCCACAGCUGAAGUUGCUAACAGCUAAAGCAAACAUUAUGAUUUAGCUUUUCAUAUUUUUAUGACUGCAAAGCCUCUUACAAACUCAACAUUCCAUACAGCCAGUUGGGUCUUGAUAAUUAAAUGGCCAUGUUGUAAGAACUUCAAGCAUUGACUAGUUGUAUAAAAUUGAAAUCAGUGUGACAUAACUGCAAUUAUUUAUUUCCAAAACAUAUUAUUUAUGAAAAUGUCUUUAUUUGUAGGAGGGGUACUUCUAUGAAUAUGUUCAUGACCACUGUGUGUUUAUGCAUUACUUUAUAAUGAUUCUGCAUACUGUGACUGUUUAGUUUAUACAGCAUAGCAGGAAGGAAGAGUUAGUUGCGUGAUCAGUUCAUGUGAAAUCAUUACCAUCUGCAAAUUAGGAAAUUUAAGGAAGUUCAAAAGCUGUAGGGGAAAUGAUAAUCUGAGUAACUUUCUGGUUUGCUAUUAAGUAGUGGUGUACUGUAAAAAAAAACUGACAGAUCUAAACACUUGCAAGCUUAAGUGCCUUUGCUGCUCUGAUCCAAAAUCAAACAAAAUAGAGGAGGAGGGUUUUUUCCACGAGGAGGCUUCAUUGUAUCUUUACAGAGAAGAAAAGAUGUUUGAUGCUCUUGGACUCACGUGCAUGAUUUGUUGGUGCAUGAUGUUGUUUUGUCCUUUGCAUGCUGACCUUCAGUGUAUGGGGUCGGGGACACAAGAACUGCCUAUCUCAAACUUGACAUUGAAUCAGAAAAGAAUGGAGCUGUCCUGGCAAAGCAGCAAGAACUUCUCCAGUUACUUGUGUACCAUGGCUGCAAACUUCAAAUACAGAGAAAUAAAGGUGAAGAACAAAUCGUGCAGGUUUGAAGUAGAAGAUAGUGUGCCUCUGUACAGAGGAGCAGUCUUCACCAUUACAGUACCAAAGACAAACAUCUCAAAAAUUUGCCAAUUUUUCCCUGAAGGCAUUAAUGGGUCAGCCAUUGAGAACUUCUCCUGUGUGAUUUAUAAUAUUUCCCUCAUGAACUGCACUUGGCAGGCAGGCAGGAAUGCUCCAGGAGAUACCCAAUAUUUUCUCUACUGGCAGAAUUCAAGAGAUGAUGACCAGACAGAAUGUCAACUUUACAUUAAAGAUGAAGAUGACAGAAAUGUGGGAUGUAAAUUCCAAAAUGUGACAAUUAAAGAUAAAACUUCUUAUUUCCUGGUGAAUGGAUCCCACAAAGCCUUCCUGAUCCAGUUUUAUGAUAAUUAUACAAAACUAUACACAAUUGAAAGACUCCCUCCUCCAUUGAACGUCACUACCAACUGUACUAGCAAUCCAGGAGGUUGCAUAUUUACAUGGCAACAACCCCUUCUAAGUCAUGUGGAAAAUGCAGACUGUUUUGAGUAUGAAAUAAACAUACAAAAUAAGGACGAGAUCCCAGAAGAGAAAAAGAAUCGUCUCGUAGCUGAAAACAAAUAUGAAUACCAAAGUUACAAUCCGGAAAAAAAAAGCAUUCUGAGAAUCAGAGCACGUGGAAAAAGAAGAUGUUCUGUAAACAGAAAGUGGGGAGAAUGGAGUGACCCUGUAGAGUUUGGUGGAGAGAAAGAUUACUUUAUUUCUGUGAUUUUACUUCUCACAGCACUUGGAACAAUCCUAGUGACACUGCUCCAUUAUUGCCUUUGCAAGAGGUGUUGCAGUUCAAAAAGAAUAUUUCCUCCUAUCCCACAACCAAGAGGCAAAUUUGAUAUGCCAGCUGAGGGAGAUAUCCAGACAGAGAAUGUGCUUCUAUCUCAAAAAAGCUGUACUGAGGAAAUAACUGUGAUUGAAGAGAUGACCUAAUCUUCCAGAAAGAAAACAGAUUUGGAUGCAACACAAAAAUCACACAACCUCCUAAUUUCCAAUUAUUUACGGUGUUCUUCACAGCAUGGACUAGAAAUGAACAUCACCUAUGAAACCAUUUCACCACAUUAAAAAAACAACAAGACAAACAGAAAAAUGUUUCUUUUCCGUUUGUUCAGAAGCAGUACCUGGCAACCAAGCUCCAAAAACACAUGAAGAUUUGCUUAAAAGUUGCUGAGAUUCUCCUCACCAUCUAAGACAAAGCCUUUCAUCAACAACAUAGCAGAAAUGUGGUAUAAUUUCUUCUGUUCAUUGCUAAAGAAAUUAUUUCCUGAAAUUACGAGUAGUGCUACAGGAAAUCAAAAUGCUAUUUCCCCAUCUUAACAUUUUAUAUAUAUAUAGUCCAAGAAUUUUCUGGAGCAGGAAGUAGCUAAAAGUUGCCCUUCUACCUUGUAACCCCAAUACCAAACUUUUAAAAUAUUCUGUGAACCUUAUGCAAAAAAAAAAAAAAAAAGGAAAAAUCUUGCUAAAAAUAACUAAGACAGGCUGCCAGUCAGUCAUGUAAUGAGCUCAGCAUCUCCAACAGCAAUGUGCAUCUCUGCAAUACCAAUAAGAACUUCAGUAGCAUAGCUAAAGGCUUCAAUAAAUCCAGCGUAACAAUUA